UUCAGUUUGUCUGCAACAGUUGGUCCACCAUGGUCGUCGGUUGGUGUCUCUGGGGCUGGGCAUUGUCCUGGCUCGCGGUGGCCACCGUAGUUGUUUCCGCCAUAGUCACCGUUGACAAGGAGGCCCUCACGCGGGAGUGCGACCCGGACACGCCGAUGGUGGUGCCGAAUUUUAAGGCCAACUGGUUCAAGGCGACCGAGUACUGCCACUACCUGGACCGGAACCUGGUGAUAGUGACUUCGGCGGAAAAGCAGGAAGUCAUCACGAAGGUGCUCGAGGCCACGGACAAGUUCGGGGACAACUCGUUCUGGGUGGGCGGCAGCGAUCUGGCCGAGCUGGGCAACUUUCACUGGCACUCGACGGGCACGCGCAUCGUGUGGCACAACUGGAGCGAACUGGUUCCGAUGCCAACGGCGGACGAUCCAACCCGGAAGGACGACCGGUGCGUGUUGCUGAGCAACAACACGGAAAUGGGCGGGUUCAAGUGGAUUGUGGUGAACUGCUGGGACGAGUACUACUUUGUGUGCGAGAAGGGGGUGUUUGCAAAGUGAAGAAAUAUUGGUUUUGAAUAAAGUAUUGUUAUAUUAAAA